UGAAAACGCUUAUUCGGCGCCACUGAAGAACAUUGCUGGUAAUGUUUCAUACUGCUUCCUUUGCUGUACAACUAAAAGAGCUAUGCGCUUGCUGUCAGCCGCAGGCACAGCGAAUGCAAGGAUGAUCAUGCUGCACAGAGAUAGUGCACUAAAGAGUCGGAUCUUUACAGCUGAAGUCCAUAGUACAUAUCUUCCCGGAGGAAUUCCAUUUCCAGUGGUGAGGAUGUCGCUCACAUGGGAUUGGGUCAUAGCUUUGCGGCAUGAUAUACUCGCACGAUAUGCAAACGUUGUAUAAAAUACAGGAGUAAGAAGGCGUCGCUCUUGCAACCGAAGCGGCAAACCAGAAGCCAACAUGGAGAGCCACAUGGGACGAGAAGGAGCCAGUGUCGAUGCAAGCCGGGGCUUCGGAUUCAUUCGGAAACGAGAGAGAGGUGAAUUAGAAGGGAAAGCACGAGCUUGUUCUUGAUGUCUGUGCAACAAGUCCGAUGAGUUUUUAUUUCAUCGUUGAAGUUCUUGUAGAACACGUGGUCAAUAAACAUAUGCGUAUAUUAGAAGUCCCCCUUUCAUACCCUUGCCAACAGGUUCGCGACGCCGUCUCAAUGGCCGG